CUGAGUUUGUAGGUAUAGGUUUUUAUAACCUGAUACUGAGUUUGUAGGUACAGAUUUUUAUAAUCUGAUACUGAGUUGUAGGUACAGAUCUUUAUGGUCUGAUACUGAAGUAGGUGAGAACUUUCCACUCUCACUGAGGUAGGUGAGAACGUUCCAUUCUCACUGAAGUUAGGUGUGGGUUAUAGGCGUCAAAGACCUACACCUAGGAUUAUUUACUAGAAGUCAGGGACUUACCGGUAGACAGGGUCUAUACGAGGUAAAUAAUCAAAAGAGUCAGGGACUCUUGGUAAAAAGGAAACAUGGGUACCCAAGGAAGUAAACGAGCGAAAAAUGAUCCAGACAGUCCAAUUAUUCUGGCCAUGAAACAAAAAUAUGGGGAUCAAAGUGUUGAAUGUUUAAAUUACUGGGUAACAAAUCAUGGAUUCCCAGAAGGGGGAUCGUUGAGCAAAACUCAACUGAAAAAAUUACGUGAAAGUCUUGAGAAAGAAAGACAGACAAUUAUGAGCAAAAAGAGAGUGAAAAGUGAGAAAAUGAGAGAGAUUGAAAAGAAUGAAGGAUGUCUGAAAAAGUGGGAAGAUGAAUGUGAAACGAGAGAAAGGAGACAAGUGUGCAAAAUGAUAACAUGUAUGAAAGUUGAUAAGAAAGACAAAGGAAGUGAUUUUGAACCUAAGAGUAAAAAGAAUUCUCUCUAUCCUAAACUGACAGGGUGCGGUCAGAGCUCUCUGGUUGAUGACGCUUCCUGGUCCCUCCCUCGAAGACGACCCCCUCCAGAUGCAAUGGCUCCGCCUUCGGUUCCUCCUCCAUACAACGCCUCAUCUGCCACGUCAUCACCGAUGUCAUCCACAUCCUCUUUCAUGAACACUCCCUCACCAGGCUCCAGUGUCCUCACCUCCUCCUCCCUCUCCCCUCCAAUUGCAGCACGCACCAGACAACAAUCAGAUUCAGCUCUUACGAUGCCAAUGGUGCAAGUUAUGGGUCCGGAUGGAAAUCCAGGUUUUGUCUACCUCCCAUGGACAACUCAGGACCUGAUUGAUGCAGCAUCACACCUCCCAAAGCCUGCACAAGGUGGCGCUGCCAUGGCACGAGCCUAUGUUCAGUUCAUCAAAGAUUUCACACCAACCUCAGGCGAAAUCCAGAGAGUCAUGAUGAAAUACAUGAAACCAUCUGAUUUCUCCAAGGUGAAAGACAUUUUCCCAAGAGAUGGUGACUUCAGACCACAAACGGUGAAUUGGGACACUAAUGACAAUGCUGAUCUAGCAGACCGACAGUAUCAGGACUUUGUCACACAAUUAGGACUGAAAUUGGUUGAGGUUUCCCCUGCUCACUGUGACCUUGUUAAAGUGAAUGCCUGCUGUCAGAAGGAAGAGGCAUGCAGAGGGGACGCAGGCCAUGGCAAGGAGAGAGAUCAGGUCCAAGAAUGGGACCACCACCAGGUUACGAUGUGUGAUUCCUGUGUGGCACUAAAGGACAUUGGGCAAAGGAUUGCACACAAUUCCGAGGCCGAGGCAGAGGAAGAGGUGCUCCACCUAGAGGCAGAAAUGACCGUUGGCAACAAUCAUCUGACUGAUCUGAGAGACGAGGGAGGGGAGGACCAGAUGCGUGCGUCACCCAGACAGCCUACCCUGAACCUUCAGAAAAGCUCUCUGAUGUAAAGAAACAGGUGAUCGCAGCCCUCCCUGUUCCAGCCAGUGGUCCCCUGCACCAGCUCGAACCAGGUGACUUUGUGGUCAUAAAAGACUUCAGGAGGAAGUCGUGGAGGAACAGGAGGUGGCAAGGUCCGUUCCAGAUCCUGCUGACAACCCACACUGCUGUGAAGGUCGCUGAGCGGGCUACCUGGAUCCACGCCAGCCACUGCAGAAAGGUUCCAGCACCCCCUGCUGGUUCUCCUGGAAAACUACAAACUCCAGAGGCUGCUAAGUAAGACUUUGCGUUCGUAACAGGCACGCAGGCGACCAAGGGUCCGAAGAAAGAAGACAACAAGUGGCGUGCAGACGUAGUUUCUGUGUCACCUUCGUGGGCGCAAGAAGACCUACACCACACCACACCCUACACGUGUUACACCAUUUCACUGUCUUUAUUUUUCACCCCUAGAAUGCUACAACCGCUAUGACACAUAUAUACACAAAAACUGAUCCUUACUCAGGAUGCUUUCAUCCACAAAAACAGCUUGCAACUUUUACCUUAAGGUUUUCCAUUGAAUUGUAUUCUGUGUGACGACUGAUCGUAAACCAGUUGGAAUGCUCAGUCUGAAGUUUUGAAUACUGUUCUUUUCUCCUAUUUGAUGGUCAUCUGGGAUUUGUUGUGUUGUAUUUUGUGUGCAUAUUUUGUUGCUUCUAUUGUUGGUUGUGUUUUAUUGGUUGUUUUUCUCUUCCUCGUUUAUCCUUAAGGAUAAAA